GUCCCUUCUCCCUGGAAAUUUACGCACGGAUCAUAGAAUCGCUUGGAACUGGAAAAGUUUUUUGGAUCGUGAUUUUACUUUAUCUUUCCCGUGUUUUCCCGUUCCUGUGUGAACUUUAUUUAGAAGUACUUGCAUUUUUUAACACAUUGGAUCGAUCAGAGCUGGUGGUUUUGUCACCGUCCUCUCGGGUCAGACACGCGUAAAAGUGAAAGUUUGAAUUAAAUGUGGGACAGUCUGAUGUUUAUCCUCUCCAGACCGUGCGCCAUGACUACGCUGUGUUUCUACUUGUGGUUCAUCUUGAAGUUAACUUUGGUUACAGGUCAGUCCGCAUAUUACGUCCUUAAGGGCAGAGCGGCCGUCCUGACUCCAGCUCUGCCCAAACCCCCUGAUGACAUUCUGUGGAAGCACAAUGGAGACAAAGUGAUCAUGUUUGAUGGUGCAGAGGAGCAAGUGUUUGAUCCAUAUAACAGCAGAGUAACUCUGGCCUGGGACACAGCCCAACUCACCAUCACAGAUGUCACAUAUGAAGACAGUGGAGAAUAUGAGCUGGAGGCUAUCAUCAGUGAGAGGCUGUACCGCUCACAACGUAUGCUCAAGGUCCUAGACGAGGUUUCCAAGCCUGUGAUCAGAUGUGAGAUGAAGGAUGAGAACAGUAACAGUAACAUUACUUCUGCGACACUGCACUGCUCUUCACCGUCUAAUACUCCAGAAGCUCUGACGUUUAUAUGGAACCUGGAAGGUAAAAGUGAGCAGGGCCAAACUUUACCCAUCGCCCUGGGCAACGAGCACGACGACAUCAUGUACAGCUGCACCGCAAAUAACCACCUGCAUGAAGAGACCAGCAGCUUCAUGGCCAAAGACUGUUACACAGAAAGAACUUCUGAGCCUGUGAAUAUAAUUGUCCCCAUUGUCAUUGUUUCCCUAAUUCUGUUGGCCCUUUGCAUUUUUCUCAUCAAAUUUCGGCAUCGAAUAAAGAGAGCGUGUUCAAAAAUGGGGAAGAAUGACGACUUGGAAAAACAGCCAAAUGGAGCAGAUUCUUCUCUAAUGACAAAGCGAAAUGAAUCUGACAAAAAAGGUGAACGUGAUCCGUUAAUAGAAAUUGACAUCCACCGGCAGGAAACUAUGUUAUCAUCACAAAGACUUCCUCAGCAACAACAUGGGACAGAAGUGCCACGAGGAAAGGUCGAGGAUAUACGUAAAAAAUUUGAAAAUGGUGAAAAUGCAGAUUCACUUCCAGGUAAAAGAAAUGACACUGGUGGAAAAGCUGCAUCUGCAUCUGCAUCUCUGAACAGCAGUGUGCAAAAGCCAGAACCAGACCCAGGACACAUGGCUUCAGGAGGAGACAUGGACUUACAACAUGAAGAGUUUAAGAAUGUUCCUACAACAGAGGAAGCUGGAGAUAUACACUCUGAUGAGUCUGAUGAAGAGGAAUUUCACAGUGCUCCACAAACACCAGAGUCACUGUCUCCAAGCAGUGAGACUCAAGAUAACCACGAUAUUAAACCUACACCAUCAGACCAGAGGAGCAGUGAGCAGACAGAACCAGAGAAACAGCCAGACAAGCAUCACAAAGACCAGGAUGAGGAGAAGAAAAAGGAAGAGGCUGGUUUUUCAGACUCUAUUCAGACAGAUUCAAAUGAGUCCAACAAGACUCCAGAACAAACAGAGUUGCUUCAGUCCUCUCCUCAGAGCAGCACAUCUCCUGUUGAUCCAGUUGAACCAGAGAGCAAAGAACAGACUAAUCCUGAUGUAGACUUAAACACAAACCAGGUGAAAACUGAUCCUCUGAGCGAUGAUCCUUCAAACCAUGAAGAAACCAGUGAAGCUCCAGAACCAGGCAAGGACCAAACUCCACCCUCUGACUCCAGUGAUGAAGAGGACAAAGGUCAUGACGAGUCCAACACAGAGAAACAGACACAAGACUCACCCAGCAAGUCAUCUGAAAAUAAUGUAGAGAAAACAUUCACUGAAGAAACAGAAUCACCGUCUUCAAGCAGCGAGCCUCAAGAUGACCACAAGAAAAACUCUACACCAUCAGAGCAGAGGAGCAGUGAGCAGACAGAACCAGGGAAACAGUCAGACGAGCAUCACAAAGACCAGGAUGAGGAGAAGAAAGAGGAAGAGGCUGGUUCUUCCGUCUCUAUUCAGACAGAUUCAAAUGAGUCCACCAAGACUCCAGAACAAACAGUUGCAGAGUCGCCUCAGUCCUCUCCUCAGAGCAGUGGAUCUGCUGUUGGUCCAGUUCAACCAAGGAGCAAAGAACAGAUUAAUCCUGAUGCAGAUAAUGCAGACUUAAACACAGACCAGGUGAAAACUGACCCUCUGAGUGAUGAUCCUUCAAACCACGAAGGACAGUUAAAGGAUUCACAGAUGUCUCCUGUAUCAGAAACCAGUGAAGCUCCAGAACCAGACAAGGACCAAACUCCACCCUCUGACUCCAGUGAUGUAGAGGACAAAGAUCAUGACGAGUCCAACACAGAGAAACAGACACAAGACUCACCCAGCAAGUCAUCUGAAAAUAAUGUAGAGAAAACGGCCACUGAAGAAUCAGAAUCACCGUCUUCAAGCAGCGAGCCUCAAGAUGACCACAAGAAAAACUCUACACCAUCAGAGCAGAGGAGCAGUGAGCAGACAGAACCAGAGAAACAGCCAGACGAGCAUCACAAAGACCAGGAUGAGGAGAAGAAAGAGGAAGAGGCUGGUUCUUCAGAACAAACGGAAUCACAGUCUCCAAACAGUGAGACUCAAGAUAACCACGAUAUUAAACCUACACCAUCAGAGCAAAGGAGCAGUGAGCAGACAGGACCAGAAGAACAGUCAGAUGAACAUCACAAAGACCAGGAUGAGGAGAAGAAAAAGGAAGAGGCUGGUUCUUCCGUCUCUAUUCAGACAGAUUCAAAUGAGUCCACCAAGACUCCAGAACAAACAGUAUCACAGACACAACCUGCAUCAGCUGAAUCUGAGGACAAAAAAAAGGUGGAUAGUGAAGACACGGACAGCAUGGACAAUAAUCUGCAAGAAACUUCUGAAACCAGUGAAGCUCCAGAACGAGGCGAGGACCAAACUCCACCCUCUGAGUCCAGUGAUGAAGAGGACAAAGGUCAUGACAAGACCAACACAGAGAAACAGACACAAGACUCACCCAGCAAGUCAUCUGAAAAUAAUGUAGAGAAAACGGCCACUGAAGAAACAGAGCAACAGAAAAAGGACUCACCCAGCAAGUCAUCUGAAAAAAAUGGAGAGAACACGGCCAAUGAAGAAACAGCUUCACCUGGAGCCUCUGAUGUUGAUAAAGAAAACAAGAACAGUGAUGGUGAGGGCGCACAGAAGGAGAGAAAGGAGACGAAAGAAGAGACAAAAAAUCUGACUCUUAAGUAAAGUAAUGGAGCAGAAGGUCACCGUGGUAGAUGAUGAAAACAGUAAAGCCUGACUGGGCUGAUGCUGAGCACUGUGGAGGUCAAAUGUGGAACAAGAGAAACAUCAUGCUGCUUCCUGCUUCUGAAGAGUGAGGACGCUGUCCUUGUUUCCUCCUGCUGCUUGCUUCUUGUCAAGAAACCUCUGUUCUCGACGCGCUGGUUUACCAAAAAAGACUCAAAACAGGUAUUAGACUUAUUUCUUACUCUGAUCAGAGGGAAGGAGCACAGAAGAAGAACCCACACAUGCUUAAAUGAGGUCUUCUCUGCCUUUUCCACCAUCUCCUCCUCAAACCAGCCUUUUUAUUAACAGCUUGACAUUCUUCAGCAAUUUCCUUGUUUGUCAGCAGAACAACAUCUCAGUCCCCUCCCCACAUUCACACGACCUUUCUGUUAUUUUAGGUUAUGGUUGUGAACCAUUCAACUCAGUUCAGUUUCUUUAUGACUUAAUUACUUUACGACUUAUUUAAACAGACUUGUAGUUUUCCAUCACACCCAGUUAGUCUAUAUAAGUAUACAAUUGAUUAAUGAUAAAACUGAACAUAAUUUCAUUCACACUUCUUCACUAGCUUCCAGUGCUAGAAAUCUGUCUAGUUAAGAUUUUCUUUGAAGUAAAUAAAAACUUUUAAACCAUUUGUACAUUUUAACAACUUAUCUGAUGAGCCAGCGACAUGUCCAGAGGAAGAGACCAAGGGAAGUUUUUUUCUGUGAACACUGUCAGAACUAUCAACAAGAAAUGAAUGAGCUACAAGCUUUAGAAUUUGAAAAAGGACUUCACCAGAAGCUACCCGUGACCUCCUCCUGGUAAGUAUCUCGAUCUCUCCCAGAGACCGAGUCAGCAGCACCUCCACCUCCCCCAGCAAAGGACUCAUCACCAGCGUCAGUAGAGAUUUCAGAUCCAGCAGCAUCCUCAUCACCUCCCCUGCCCACAGACCUGUCCUCGAUUGCCUUUGCUACAUCUACUCCAUCUAAGGACCAAUCAUCUAGAAAGGCUCAACAGAUCAGGAAUUAAGAUGGCUACCCUCACACCUUUACAAUGGAACUCAAACAACCACCAACAUUACUCGACUUACUCAUAUUCAAGCCUCCCCAUCAAUGUCAAAGUUUUAUUGGUGAUUUUACUGAGAUGCUUUCAGUCGUAUGUACAGACUUUGAUGGUUUAGUCAUUAUAUGUGAUUUUAAAUUACAUGUGAAUAAUGUGUUUGACAGAAAGGCUUAAGAGCUCAGUGCUUGUCCUUUGGUCUGACUCAGCAUGUCAGCGAGUCCACCCACAUCAGAGAGCACACCUUGCUUAUUACAAAAGGAGUAAAUAUUUCAAAUGUCACUGUGGUCGAUGUUGCUCUGUCUGAUCAUUUCUGUGUCUUCUUUGACCUGUCUGUUAUUCCCUAACCAGGGGCUGGUCGUGCAGUUGUUCAGACAUGACGCAUAAAUGAUAAAACAGGUGCACUGUGCACUUUGAAAAUGCCUCAUGUUCUAAUGUUGAUGAUUUGUUGAACUCUGUGACUUUGAGUGUUUUAAAUGUUCUGGACACCAUUGCCCCGAUGAAGGUUAAAAUUGUUGAAGAUAAGCAAAAAGCGUCAUAGAGGAAUGAUGAGGAGAAAUGAGAGAAUGGUGCAAGUCAAAGCUUCAGGUUCAUUAUGAGAUUUACAGAGAAAAGAUGCACAUGUACAACCACAGUUUAUGUAGAAAAAGGGAGAGUUGUUUUUUUUCUUUUUUUACACUAAUGGAAAUUGCAAUAAUAACUCUCGUGCCCUCUUAACAAAACCUCCAGCUCUGCUGCCAUUACAACUGAUUUCCACAUCUAAGUGCUACAGAUUUGCAGUAUUUUUAAUGACAAGCUUCAGAACAUUAAACAUAGACCUAGACACUUAGAGCUGACUCACUUUGCACCUGUAACAAAACUGUUCAAGAGAUCAUCACCAGUCUGAGUUCAUCUACUUGCUGCCUCAAUGUGUUACCCACUAAAUUUCUAGUCUGUGCUCAACAGUUUGCUCUCACCACUUGAUUUCAUAGUUAACAUGUCACUUCAAUCUGGAACAUUCUCAAGAGCUUUGAAAACUGUGGUUGUCAAGCCUCUCCUAAAGAAGAGCAGUCUCAACAAUUACUGACCAAUCUCAAAUCUGCCAUUUUUAGUCCUUUUAGUCCUUGUUUACCAACAGCUUAUUAACUUUCUCCAAAUUAAUAACUCAUUAGAUUUUUCCAGUCAGGUUUUAGACCCCACCACAGCACUGAGACUGCUCUUAUGAAGGUGACAAAUGACAUGAUGAGAUUGUCUUAAAGGGACUAGAGGACUGUGUGAGCGUCUCUGGUACUGCCCACAAUUUGUUCAAGUCCUACCUAGAAGACAGGAAGUAUUUUGUUGAAGAUGGAAAGCACCAAAGUUACUUCUCCCACAUGCUAGUGCCAUAUGAACCAUCUCUCAGGGACUGGCCUCCCGUUGGUGCCCAGAUUCAGGACUAAACAUGGGCAAUCAGCUUUUUAGUUUUAUGCAGUCUUUCUGAAGAUUAAUCCAGGCUCCAAAUGGUUCUUUUUAGCUGUGCAUAUGACUGAAAGGUUUUUAUUCUGCAGUUUUCUUUUUUAAUGUUAGUUUUAUUAGGAUUAUUAUUAUUAUUAUUUUUUAUUUUUUUUGUAUUAUAAUUUUAAUGCCUUUCUUAUUCUGUA